AUGACACACAAACAAGUAGUAGCAACGGCCGAAGGGGGUAAAAGUGCACUAAAUCCUGAUCAAACCAAAUAUCGACGAAAGAAACAUUUAAAUCGGACAAGACUAGCAACCGAUGAGUUGUAUUCAACAUAUCGAAUGGCACUGAACGAUAGAACGUUUGUCAAAGAUUAUUCAUUAGUACUAUUUUUAAUAAUUAUUUGUGCUCAUGAUCGUAUGAUAAAAAUAUUCAAUGAAUUAUUGGAUGAAAUAACGAAAAGAAUACUUGUCUCCUAUGAUACAACAUUUAAGCUAACAGACAGUUAUGUGAGUACGUUGAUUUACCGGCACCUAGCAUUUCGUGAUGAAUCAUCCAUUAUUUUGGCUUAUAUGAUACAUGAGAGUAAAUCUACGACAUGUCACCGACGAUUUGUACAAACAAUUAAAACUCUCUGUCCACAAUUUGAACAAAAAUGUUUACUUGUUACUGAUAAUGAAAAGUCUUUCCAAAAUAAGAAUGUCCGCCGCAGUUUGAGAAACAAGAAAAAGCCAUCGAACAGUGAACAAGGACAAAAUGAUGAACAAUCACACACUGAUUCAGAUGAUAAUCAGGAGGAUAUACAAAGCAGCCAAUCAAGUGACGACGAUUACAGUGAUUUUAAACAAAAUCGAAACAAGGCUAAAAAUGAACUAAUGAUACGAAACGAAUUAGUUGUACAGCAUGAAAUAACAGUAGAAACAGAAUUGGUAGUACAAAACGAAGAAGAAGGCAGUUAUUGUUCUACAGGUGUUUUUGUCGUCGUUCAAAAAAAUAAAGUGAAGUCGAUGGUUACGCCAUUAGACAAAGGUCUAUAUAAAUGUUCAUGUGGCUAUUUUCAAAGGACCGUUGACCAUCAAGAUUGUGUUCACAUUGUGGCGGUGAAACGUUUUAUGGAUUUACCAUUACAUGAGCCAACGUCUACACCAUCUAUUACAUCGGUACGACGAGGAUACAAAGCCGAACUUGGUGUUGGCCGAACCGGAGGCAAACAGCCUACAGUUUUGGACAAAGAAAAUAAACAAGCAUUGUUCAGCGCCACAAACCAGUCUAUAACGAGACUACUGUUUGAGGUACCGACAGGAGUACCAUAUAAAUUAACGGAAUGGCUAUUGCCACUCCCUGGGCAUGUCAUCAAGGAGCUAUUGCCACGCCCGGGCGUGGCAUUAUCAGUAGCAAAAGAACACUUUCAACAAACAUUCAGGCAUCAGCUUCAAGCAUAA